AAGACAAACUUAUUUGCUCAUCGCUCUUGUAUCUUCGAGGAGACUCCAUAUCCACUCCGACCCCAGACUCCCACAAUCCUUACUCCGGGCCUGAAUAAACCCCUGGAAGAAUAUCAUCAAGCACUCCCUGGGAAUCCCAGCAGAAACUGUUGACACAAAUUUGUGGAUAACCCGACGAAGGAUCCCGGAUGGAACUCCUGUGGAUACCAGAAGGAUCUCCUGGGGAAUUGCCACCGUGAGUUGACAAUAUCUUUUUUCUGUGUGCAUCAAAUAUUUGUAACUGGCACUGCAUUGCCAUUGAACGAAAUGAAAUGAAACUUAAUACCUAUUAGAUAUUUUUUUUUUUUUUGUUCAAGUGCUAUUCUUUCGGGCCUGGGAAUACUGAGCCUGAACGGCAAGAUAAUCAGUAUUUUUGACUUAACAAUGGAGUUUUCCGCCGCAUGCUCAGUGCGUGGUAAACAACGAUUCAAAUUAAAAGAAAAAUCUCGCAGUCGGUAGGAUUCGAACCUACGCUCCCAGAGGGAAUCUGAUUUCUAGUCAGACGCCUUAACCGCUCGGCCACGACUGCUGGUUGUAUGCCGCGAAGCCGAAUGACAAUCAACGCUACUAUCAGUAUAAUAAAUACCGAUUCAUAACAGGCGAAAAUAUUUAAUUAAUUAAUGAGAUAAUCCAUCCAUCAAAUCCAAAGGGCCAUAUAUUCGUUUCGGCUAUUUCUAACACAAACAACCCGCUCGAAGAGGACGAAACACAGCCUAUAAUCAUGGUUGUGGGAGGUGGACUGUAUGAAUCAGUCAAAUCAGCUGUGAAGACGCUUCUGUUUUUCGUGUUGUUCUGUACACUGCUACCAGCAUUCGUUAUCAGCUAUGCAACCGUUUCGACAACUCGGAAGCUGUGGAUUGCAUUCCUGGCGAAUCGAUACCCGUACCUGAAGUUCGCUCGUACGAACAAUAUCCGAAGCUUGGUAGACACUUCUAGGAAUCCAGGAGUGUUUCAUGUGCUGUUACAAAUUGAAGGAAUCUGUGACGUCCACGCUAUCAGGGCUAAAUUCAAUGAUCAUGUGUUAAAUCGGCGUGAUCACUACGGAAGACCAUGUUUUUCCAGACUGAAGUUCCCUUUGAUUUCCUGUUGGGGUCAAUAUGCGUUUGUAAAGAAAACCAAGGACUUCAACAUCGACAAUCACAUCAUCCACGCACCUCCGCUGCAUAGAGGUCGUCCACUGACUGAAACGAACUUGCAAGACUACGUAAGCGACAUAAUAUCCAAAUAUAUGCCACCGGAGAUACCGCCGUGGCAGAUCUUCUGCAUUCCGAUGGCAUACGGAGGGACAGCGAGCGGAUCGGCUGAAUGCGACGCCAGUGCGCCCUACUACUAUAUGUUGUACCGUAUACAUCAUCUUCUUCUGGAAGAGCAACAAAAUCUAAGAAUCUCCGACCUCCUGCUUGUGGACAGAAAGAUCGAAAACGAGAAGAGAAUUUCAGACUGUGACUCAAUAUUUGCCAAUUUGCUGGAACGGCCAGUCUAUCUUCCCAGAAUUUGGAACGACAUUGGUGCCACGAUCAGCAACAAAUGGAAUGAAUUUAUCUACCAGCAUGACCCUUUGGAAUCACCCGACAUUGAGAAGAAGCACAUUGCCGGAAUCCAACAACUUAUCUCGGUGGUGCUGAUAGGAGUGGUCACCGUGGUGUCAGACUUCUCCAAAGGAUUUUCGAAGGUUUCGGGCAAUCCGUUGAUGAAAAUUGACUACCUCAAGUCGUUGAUUGACAGGGAAAUUCAACGGAGAAACCUGAAUCUGCGCACCAUUUGGAACGCCAUAAUGAUGUCCAUUGAUCCGAUCAACGUCGUGAAAGAACUGAUUUUCAUGUUUUGGAAAGUUGGCGCCACCAUAACGCUGAUGUUGCCUUGGUACGUGUUCCAGGAAAUGGAAGCCAUCAGAAUCUACAUUCUGAUGAAGAAAAUCAAACGCAAUACGGUGAUCGGGUUCGCAUUGGAAUACCUUCCCAUUUGUUUCGGAGCAUUUUUGGAGUAUUGGAAAGGGGUUCAGCUUUUCUAUUCCGCUCCCAAGCUGGUGUUCGAAGAACUGUUCGAGAACAAACCAAACACCGAGCAUUACUUGCAGAACGUGUCGCUAUGCGGACGGAAAGUCGUGUCCUGGUCAGAGAAAGUUCGAUCCACCGAACUGCAGGCGAAUCGCUCGGAGAAAACAGGAUCCAUGCGAAGUGCCCCGCGGAGCAAGCCACCAAACGAUAUCGAAGUGCUACUCGCCGUUAUGUCUAAAUCGCUCAAAUCCCUUUGCCUAGAGGGAGACGGAAAAAUACCCUCUUCGAUUCAGAUCAGUGGCCGCUGUAUGCUGGAAGAUUAUCUAUUCGGUCUGACCAACUACCAAACCGGAAACAGUGGAUUUGUAUCGCUCAACUUGCCCAUAGCCGUGACCAAUAAUCAGCACUUGUUGCAAAGCAUUCGAUCGUCCAUUGCCCAAAUCCGCCGGCAGCAAGUUAUGCUCAAUUUUCUAACCAUAGCUCAGCUCAAGCAUGACUUCCUAACGGACGGACUCCCCCUGGUUGUGAUGAAACUGCUAAUGAACUACCUUUCGAGACGGUUUGCCGUCACGGUUACGGAAGUAAUCGAGAAUCGUAAUAUCGGCCAAUACCGGAACCUACUGGGGCAUGCGAUAAAGGACAUCAUCUACUUCCGGCCGCCCCAAUCGAAUACCAGCGUUUCGAUCACGGUGCAGAAGUUCAACGACGAGAUCCGUUUCGCUUGCAUGACCGACUCGCAAAUCAACCCAAAGCAUCUGGCUUUGACGGCAGGCUUUCGGAAACAUCUACAAGACUUUCAGCAACUCUAGACGGUUGCCUUUUAGUUUUUUACACAAAACUAGAAUUAACAUAUAUUUGUACGAAUAAAGAAAUGUUUUAAAUAA